AGCUUCUACCAAUUCUCCUUCAUCACUCAGCCAAAGAUGAAGACUUCCAUCUCUCUACCAAUAUUCAUCUUUCUUCUUUAUACCCUUCUUCUCUCAUUCACCCACUGCUCCGUCUUGGCUCACAAGAACACCCCCUUCGUAGACAAAAUCUGCAAGCAGACCCCUUAUCAUGCUCUCUGCCUCAAGACUCUCCUCUCAGACCCUCGCAGUGCCGGAGCUGAUGUGAGAGGCCUCGCCAUUAUUAUGGUGGAUGUGAUAAAGAGGGACACGGUCAGCAUCCUGAGCCGCAUCAAUGAGCUGCUGAAGAAGGGCGGCACAGACCCGCAUACACGCGGCGCCUUGCUUGAUUGUAUUGAUAAGUAUAACGCAGUGCUGAAGGGUGAUGUCCCGGAAGCCAUGGAAGCUUUGGAGAAAGGUGAUUACAAGUUUGCAGAGCAAGGUGCAACAGAUGCUUCAUUAGAGGCCAGGGUAUGUGAAGAGAAUUUUGAGACUUCGCCCAUAACUAAUAUGAACAAACUGGUCCACCAUGUUUCUCUGGUGGCUGCCUCCAUUGUCAGGAUGUUGUUAUAACUUAUAAGCUCGGUUGCCUCUUCUUCUUCAAUGAAUUGGAUCUCAUCACUUAAAAGAAUUGUAAUGUUUUGUUGAAUAGGUGAAGAAGAGUCGAUUUAGACA